AAAGUCUACCAGGAGAUUGGCUCACAAAUCUCAAUAAGCCAGCUAUGGGUCGCAGAAAGACCUGCAUUAAAAAUAGGCUCAAGAACCUGCAUAAAAAUCCCCCUAAAGUCAAGUCCCAAGCACCAGAACUUGUCAAGCUGUAUCGCUCGGGUCCACAAGAUGGAAGAUAUGGAAAAGCAUUACAUAAUCACAAGAACCAGCAUAAUUCUGCUAUCGAGCAUCACAUUGUUAUAUUUGACCUUGUAGAGGAAAGGACAUUUCCUGAUUGUGUUACGAAGGAUUAUGAUUGGGAAAAGGUCCUGGUGUCACUCACACUCAAACUUGGAGGAAUUUUGUAUGCCAAUCUUCCAUGUAAGAACGAGCGCCUGUAUCUUCUAGGCGACGCGAAUGUGCUCAUCGAGCGAGCGGGCCCAAAUUUGCGUCCUGCUUCAGCUAGUAUCAACUCCUUAUUGGAAUGGUUGAUUUCCCUCAGAAUGAAAGCUGGUAUUUUCCAGACGACGGGAAUGUAUUUAUCGAGCGAGCGAGCUGGAAAUACGGACCACAAUGGCGAAACUAAACAUGAAACUAAGCAGGAAAGCGAGCACCUUCCGAAGAACAACAAUGCAUUCAUCAACAAUCCGUGGGAAGAAGUGUUUGCUUUGCGCACCAGCCGAGCUCAGGGCUUGAUAACGACAUCUUAUAUAUUACAUACGUAUCACUGCAAUUGGGUAUCUCUGCACCGUGCUGCAGGAUUUUUGCACGCUGUUGGCACAAAGCUAAAAAAUAUAGAGACCGCGCAGCCUGCGCUCUUUCAUCUAGAUGCAUCUUAUCAAACUCAACCUGAAAGAUCCGCGCACCAGGACUUGAAUGAUGGCUUGGGGAUUGUUCCCAUGCGUGACGGCCCGUUUGCACGAAACUGA